AUGGAGAUGACCGACACCGUCCUCAUACCACCGUUGUUCGUCGCUUUCAACACAAUUUUCUCGUUUGUCCAGCCUACGACGGCGCUCAAUUGGAGUCUUUUCUUCACUAUCGUUGAUAUUGUUCGCUAUGGAACCUACGCCUCAUGGGACUUCCAAGAUGCCCUUAAUUUAUACAUUUUCAGCAUCAAAUACGCACCAGGGCACUUGAAGUGUCGCAAUGGGCCCUGCGGUCUGUACUUCCAUGCGCUCAACAAAGAGGAUGUUUUGCGAUAUGCUCGUGCAAAUCUACCUGCCGGAUAUGAUGGGAUCAUCACAAUUGAUCUUGAGUAA